GGGUUGACGUUUAAAAGUGAACCGCAGAAGUUAUGUGGACUACACUUCUGUUUAUUGAGUUAAAUACAAACAAGACUGAAGGCAACGUGUGAAAAAAACAGCGACGACAUUAACGUUAUUCUCUGAAAUACAUUCCCGCUUGCCUGAAAGAUGGCCACGUUGAUCUACGUCGACAAAGAGAACGGUGCUCUUGGCACCCCUGCUCCAUCCAAACUGCGAGGGAGGCUCUUCUCCGCUCCGUCGGACACCUGCUUAAAGACCCCCGCGUCUGAAAAGCCCCGGUUUGGCGUUCACCCGCAGUCGGGUCGCAGAGCUCUGGGGACCGUCAAUAAACUCGGGUCCGCUUCGUCCGUCUCCCUAACAGGAGGAAAAAAGAGCAAAACUACAGCAAUACCAACGCAAAAAGUGAAAACGAAGCCACAGAACACCCAGGAGGAAUAUCCGGAAAUUGAAAAGCUAAUCACAUACGACCCACGGGAGUUUGAGACGUACGAGGUUCCGGAGGAGGUUCGGCUCAGCCAUCUGUGUCUGGCUGGUCUCGCGCGUUUCCCUGGCAACUACGUUCUGCAAGAGGAGGAUUUCGAAAUUAUUGACCCAUGUCAACGGCUGUCGCCCAUGACUAUGCCCACAGAGGACUUCUCCUCUGAGCUGGACGCCUUCUUCCAGACCAUCAGUGAGCUCACCGUAGAGCUGCCUCCAGAGCUGGAAUAUUAGAUGUACCAUGUUUGUUUUUAAUUUUAACUUUUACUAAUAAAAAUCUGCAUUGUUUUAUACUUCUGCCA